UGUCAUUAUUGCUGUUAUUUGUUAUUUGCUGGCGCUGGGAUCCCCUUGGACGCUCUUUUUUCUAUGCCUUCUGGAUUGUGCUUUUCAGAGUAGGAGUGAGGCUUUAUUUAUUCUAUUUAUUUAUUUAUUGUUUCUCAGGACAGGGAGGGAAUGUUGGAGGAGAAGAGUUGGAAAGGCGUCGGCGAAGCAGCUUUUGACAGGGGGUGCGUGGCUCCCCCCAGGACCAGCGACGGGGAGAGAUGCUGCCGCCUCCCUCUCCUGCUGGGCUCGGGGCUGCCCGGCGUCUCCCUGCUCUCUCUGGUGCUGAGCCUCCUGCUGUACUUUCGGACCUCCGAUCUGCAGUCCCGGGUGUCCCACUUGGAAGCAGACAGGCCCACACAGCUCCCUGCCUGGCUCUCAGCAGACCAAAUGGAGACAGCUAUUUUGGGAAGAGUUGACCAACUGCUUGAUGAGAAAUUAAAGUUCCACUUGCCAAGACACCGCGAAGUUCGAGAGACACACCAGCGAUGCAACUGCCCGGCAGGUCCACCUGGCCUUACAGGAAGACCAGGGCUCCCGGGAGACAAAGGUGCGAUGGGGAUCCCUGGGCGGCCGGGACUAAAAGGGCAACCCGGAGAGAAGGGUGCUCCAGGAGAAGCGGGCAUGUCUAUCAUUGGGCCUCGCGGUCCACCCGGACAGCCUGGAACAAGAGGUUUUCCUGGAUUCCCGGGCCCUAUUGGCUUGGACGGCAAACCGGGUCAUCCUGGACAGAAGGGGGAGAUGGGUGCUGCAGGUCCCAGGGGACAACCCGGACCCCCAGGACAAAAAGGAGAAAAGGGUCAGUGUGCAGAGUACCCGCACAGGGAAUACCUAAGUACCACCCUUGCAGCCCUGCGCUCUAACCAGAUCCUUACACUGAAGGGUGAACAAGGACAAGCGGGAAUCCAAGGUCCCCCAGGGCCCCCUGGCCCACCAGGGCCCACUGGACCAGCUGGACCCGAAGGAACCCCAGGACAUCCCGGGCCAAUUGGGCCACCUGGCAGAGCAGGAGAACCUGGGAAGCCUGGCAGAGAUGGAAAGGGCUUACCUGGACCUCCUGGACCAAAGGGAGACCCUGGGAUUCAGGGAUACCCAGGCAGAAAGGGUGAGGUGGGCGAGUCAGGCCUGCCCGGUGCGCGUGGCCUCCCUGGAGCUACUGGCCCUAAGGGUGAAAAAGGGGAUGCUGGCAUAAAGGGGGAGAGAGGCAUGCCAGGGCUGCCAGGAAGACAUGGCACUAAGGGCGCUCCUGGGAUGGCCACCGCAGGGGUGAAGGGCGAGCCCGGGACUCCAGGAGAAAAGGGAGAUCCUGGAGUCCCAGGGAGGAUGGGGCCCCCAGGUUUGCCAGGGAAGAGGGGGCAGCGGGGUGAGAAGGGACGAGCUGGUGACCCUGGGCUUCCUGGACUCCCUGGCACGAAGGGAGAGAAGGGAAAUGCUGAGAAUGCUCUGGCAGGAGGUAAAGGAGAACCUGGCCCUCCAGGUCUGCCCGGACCCCCUGGACCAAAGGGAGAAGCUGGUGACGUUGGCCGGCCUGGUGCUGCAGGGUCACGGGGGGAAAAGGGGGAACCUGGUUCACCGGGAGACCAGGGACCCACGGGCCCAAGGGGCCCCAAAGGAGAGCCUGGGAAGGAUGAAAUGAUGGACUACGAUGGUAACAUCAGUGAAGCUCUCCAGGAAAUACGAACUUUGGCCCUGAUGGGCCCCCCAGGACUUCCAGGUGUGGCUGGACCUCCAGGGCCACCAGGACAGAAGGGUGAAAUUGGCUUGCCAGGUCCUCCAGGCCAUGAUGGAGAAAAGGGACCACGUGGCAAGCCUGGAGAAAUGGGCCCCCCUGGCCCUCAUGGACUACCAGGAAAGGAUGGACCACCUGGAAUAAAGGGAGAGCCAGGCCAUGUCGGGGUCACAGGACAGAAGGGAGAUAAAGGAGAGCCAGGACAAGCUGGCUCACCGGGUCUUGAUGGCCCCACUGGAGAGAAAGGCGAACAAGGUGACCAAGGGAUGCCAGGACCGUCAGGAUUGCCGGGUCCCAUUGGACUUCCAGGAUUGACAGGAGAGAAGGGUGAGCCUGGGGAGCGUGGAGACAAAGGAAGUCUGGGAGAAUCGGUAUCUGGCCCCCCCGGACCCCAAGGCCCGCCAGGACCUCCAGGUCUUCAGGGCCUCCCGGGACCGAAGGGGGAAGCAGGGAUUGAUGGAAUGAAAGGAGAGAAGGGUGCCCAGGGUGAAAAAGGAGACAGAGGGCCACUGGGAUUACCCGGUGCUUCAGGUUUAGACGGCAGGCCUGGACCACCGGGCACUCCAGGACCAAUUGGGGUUUCGGGACCAGCAGGACCAAAAGGAGAAAGGGGCAGUAAAGGAGAUCCUGGAGUUGUAGGACCAAUGGGGCCAGCAGGGCUUCCUGGUUUACAAGGUCUACCUGGUGACAAAGGAAUCCGGGGGGAGAGGGGCAAGAAAGGCUCUAGAGGGUCUAAAGGGGAUAAGGGAGACCAAGGAGCGCCUGGAUUAGAUGCACCCUGUCCGUUGGGGGAAGAUGGCCUUCCAGUUCAAGGCUGCUGGAAUAAGUGAUGAUUCUAACCCUGGACUGGCCUAUGUGUGUUACUGUACAUAGAAUAUUUAUUUUUAUACAGUGUUCUUUUCUGAAAUUCUGAAAGUUAUGCAUUUUUACAAAUUAUCAAAAAGCUUCAUAUUUUUUGUACAGAAAAUACUAGAUCUCCCUUCUUCCCUGUUUGUCAGUUCUCUGUAUAAUUCUGUGUCUGCAUUAUGCUUGUUUUGUCAUGGAGUACAGCUGUAAUAUUUACAUGAUAUUUGUGCACACAUGAUGAAUAUAAGAACUUAAUAAAUUAUUGCAUUAAAAGUGCCCAAAGGAACUGCCCUGUAUAGAUUUAAAGGUCUUUUCAUUUUCCAA